UCCAACCCUCAGUCGUCGGGUCCCUUCCCCGGCCCAACAACACCCCUAUACGGUUCUGUCCACCGGCACCGGCACCGGCACCGGCACCGGCUUUUGUGAAAAUAUAAGAGCAGCCACGCCUGCAGCAGCGUCCGCACCCGCACCUUCACCCUCACCAGCACCUCCUUUCAGCCUAUUCUUGGUGAAGAAAGACAAAGCUCCAGUAUUCACCCCAAAAGAAAAAAAAGAAAAAGAAAAAAACUACAAAAGCUGUACUUAUCAUCCAUGGGGAUCCUUCUCUUUGGUUCCUGAGAAAUCAAUCCAAUAGCAGGUGUACCACCGGUCCUCUUAACGGUUCCCAGCCCCUUCCUUUUCGAUUCUUCUUCAACUGAGGGUGAUACUCUUGUAAGUGCCUGCCUUUAGGGUUUUCUAGCACAGACGUUGGACAAGAAUCAUGGGAAGCACAUUUAAUCCGCAGAUUUUGGUGGAAAAGCUUGCAAAGCUAAACAUUUCACAGCAGAGUAUCGAGACUUUAUCACAUUGGUGCAUUUUUCACAUGAACAAAGCGAAACAAGUUGUUGAAACAUGGGAUAGGCAAUUUCAUUGCUCUCCACGUGAGCAGAGGUUGGCUUAUCUAUAUCUUGCAAAUGAUAUACUUCAGAACAGUAGACGAAAGGGUUCAGAGUUUGUUGGUGAGUUUUGGAAGGUUCUUCCAGAUGCACUUCGUGAUGUAAUUGAAAAUGGAGAUGAGUCUGGAAGGACUGCUGCAGUACGGCUGGUUAGCAUUUGGGAAGAGAGAAAGGUGUUUGGUUCUCGUGGGCAGAUUCUUAAGGAAGAAUUUGUGGGAAGGCAAGUGGAUAAUGCAAAUAGAAACUUAAAGCAUACUGGAUCCAAACUGAGACAUGCUGCUGGUGAUGCUCUGGACAGAAUAGUUUCAAGUUAUCAACUUGUAUACAGUAGUCAACUGGAUGAAGAUUCUGUGAUAAACAAAUGCAGGAGUGCCAUCAACUGUAUUCAGAAAGCUGAUAAGGAAAUUGGGGGUGAUUUGAGAUCAGGGCCAGUUGAUGGAUCGGGUAUUGUAGAUGAGCUCAAGGGGCAGCACGCCACAUUGAGGGACUGCAUUGGGCUACUUACAUCUAUUGAAUCAUCAAGGGCAAACCUGAUGGCUCAUCUGAGAGAGGCUCUUCAGGAGGAGGAGUAUAAGCUGGAUCAAGUCCGCAACCAACUCCAGGCUGCACGGGUCCACUCAGAACAGGCAGGCAAUAAAUGCGGACAGUUACUAAGUUGCGAUAACAACGAGCAAGUUCUAGCUGAGCAGGACCGCCCAGAAAAUCACCUUUCCCAAGGGACACAUGAUUUUGACUCUGGAAGUAAAGAGCAAUCAGCUCCAGUGAUGUACUCACAACAGGUAUCAUUUACUGAAAAGUCUAGCCACUUGGAAGAAGAUACGAAAUCUGCAGCAGCAGCAGUGGCAGCAAAGCUUACAGCAUCAUCAUCUUCAGCCCAGAUGUUAACUUUUGUCCUGUCUUCCCUGGCGUCAGAGGGUGUUAUAGGCAAUCCAGUCAAAGAAUCUCCCAGUGAUUAUCCGUCUGAAAAAAGACCUAAGCUUGAGAAUGAUAGGUCCUCUUAUGUUCCUUUGCAAAAUUCUGAAGCUUUCCAACAAAAUAUCCCCGUCUUUUCCCAGGAUGUGACUUCAAAUGAACAACCGCCACCCCCAUCAUCUCCUCCACCGUUGCCACCACUUCCACCUAUGCAGCCGUACCCUGUGCCCCAAUAUAUGUCAUCUGCUGGUACAAUAGCGAGUGUACCAUUUGGCUACAGUACAAUUCAACAGCAGCAAGUCGCCGUGCCCGGUUAUUCCCCCACAUUUCCGGUCAAUGGGGUUGCUCCGUUUGCAGCUGCUCCAACAAAUACCUACCAGAGUUAUCCAACUGAAGGUGGUUUUUAUGGUCAGCAACCAUCCUUGCCAAUGGCACCCGUAAGUCGUCAGUAGAGUUGUGCUUGGGUUGCCGUGCUUAUUAGGUUAGAAGCUUAGAGCAGUUGGUAGUACAUGGAUGCUUUCGUCAUUCUGCAUUUAAGAGUGCAACCGGGAGAAGGAUGCAUGAAUCACACUGUUAAAGAGUAUGUACAUUGUGCUUAACAGAAGAAAGAGUUUGUAACUUGAUUGCUUGAUUUUUAUUUUGAUAAUUUAGGGCUUGAAAUGAUUGCAUUCAGUUGCAAGUUAUACCUGUAAGAAAUGGUCAUCAGCCUGAGCCCUUCGUUUUUAAUUGUACGGAUACAUUGCUUUGUGCAUUAGAAAUGGGCAAAUGAUUUGGC